AUGUACUACGCUACGGCAGGACAACAGGCUACUCAGCCAACGAAUCAAGGGGCGACAAGAGGGAUGUCGAUGGGACCAGCAGGGUUUCCUCCUAUAUCAGGAGGAGGGGGAGGGGGGUUGGCAAGAGGGGCGCCGCCGGGGUUCGCAUCGAGAACAACGGACCCCAACGACUUCCCAGCCCUCGGGACCUCCCUGCAUCCAUCCCACUCGUCCUCGUACGCGACGCAGACUCAACAACCGCAAUCGUCGCCAUUGAAUCAGGGCCAACAUCUGCCUCAAAGCCAACAACAGAUGUACCAUCCGGGGUUGGCACCGCCGCCGGGGAUACCGGGGCCGGCGUCACAAGGGGGAUCAGGGACGAAUGGGAUGUUGGAGCAGUUGAGGGGAGAGGAGUUUCCUGCUUUGGGAUCGGAAAAGGAUCGGAUGGCAAACUACCUUCGGACCGGCGCAUCCUCUCCACCACUGCUAGCCAACGGCAACAACGUCAACGGCAACGGAAAUGGCAACGGGAACGGAGCGUCCACACACUCCGCCUCACCCUCUGCGCAAACCCACAAUCCUAUGCCUGAAUUAUGGCGCCAACAACAACAGCAGCAGCAGCAGCAACAACAACCGCAACAUUCCCCAAAUACAGCGGCGAUGCGGCAUUUGCACUCAGAACCGGUCGUCCGGCCCGUGCAGCAGAUCCUGAGCAGUCCGGUGGAUAAGUGGGGAUUGAAGGCGUUGUUGUAUGAGAUCAAGACGCAGAUGGGCAAGACGGAUAGGGGGGUGUUGAUGUUUGGGGAGGAUUUGUCGGAUUUGGGGGUGGAUGUGACGAGCGAUGAACCAUUAUAUCGCACCUUUGUCACACCAUGGCAAGAGUCCAACCAAAUACACUCGACACGUUUACAAGACAUGUUCAACAUACCCACGCACUAUCAAUUUCCUCCACCCAAUAUGGCGCCCAAAAUGGUCAACCUCUCGGAAGAUACGCUGUUCAUCGCCUUUUACGCAAGUCCGCAGGAUACCGUCCAGCUAGACUCGGCGGCUGAGCUGUACAAUCGGGGUUGGCGAUACCACACCGAGCUCCAACUCUGGCUGAACGGCCCCUCGUUAGCCAACAUUGACGGUACCGACCCCGCGCUCGCCAACCAGUCCAGCCCCGAAUGGGCCCGCGGACCAUUCGUCUACUUUGACCCUCGCACACUGGCGCGCGACCGGAUGCCAGACGAGUUCAUGAUCAACCUGAACCUGAUCGAGGCGACGCGGCAGGCCGCGGUGGUUAUCGGAGAAUCGAGGGCGGCGCGGGCGGCAGCAAGGGGAGCGGAUGGGGAGAGGGAAGGAGAAGAAGAAAGAGGUCAGGCGAAUGGCGUGCAGGUGGGGAACGGCGGUCAGGGGUUUGGGCGAUAG